GAUAAAAGUAAACUAAAAAAAUAUUUUUAAGAUCGUGCACAAUAAAAAAUCGCUUCUCUCCAUCUGCAAAAACCCUCUAAAACCAGGUCCCGUACGCUACGAAUUCCCUCUUCUUCCAGUUCCAUCAUCGUACUCUCCGACCUUGUUGUAUAAAAUCUUCGUUGGUGAUCAAUUUCCAAUGGCACCCGUUGAUCCACAUUCCUUCGCUGAUUCAGCUCACCCAUUUACCACACAUAUUUCCCUCACUCUCUACUUUGAUUUUCCAUCUUCCACAAUCUCCUCUGCUACUCUUCUCUCCCUUCCAUCCCCUUACUCGGGACCCCUCACUCUUGACACUCGCUCACUCUCUGUCUCCUCUGUGCUCGACCCACUUUCCCUUUCCCAGCUACCUUUCUCACUCUCUCCUUCUCAACCAGACCCAAUUCUUGGACAAUCACUCACCAUUUCCCUUUCUAACCAAACCCAAGUCUUGAUUCUCUCCCAAACUAGCCCUUUAAGUUCCGCCCUUCAAUGGCUUUCCCCUCCUCAAACUUUCAACAAAACUCACCCUUUUGUGUACACCCAAUGUCAGUCUAUUCACGCUCGUUCAAUCUUUCCUUGUCAGGAUACACCUGCUGCACGUGUCAAGUAUUCUGCAAAGUUGAACAUCCCGCGCCAGCUAUCGGCUGUUAUGGCCGCUAGACACGUGGAGAGGCGGUCCCCUCUUCUGUCUGAGGCGCAAGGGGUUUGUGAGGAUUCAGUUUGGUGUGGGGAUGAUAGGAUGGUGGAGGAGUUUGUGAUGGAACAACCUAUACCUCCAUAUUUAUUUGCAUUUGCAGUGGGGGAGUUGGGGUUCAGGGAGAUGGGUCCCAGGACUAGGGUGUAUGCUGAGGCUGUUCCUGAGGUCUUGGAUGCUGCUGCUACGGAGUUUGCUGGUACUGAAGAGAUGAUUCAGGUUGGGGAGAGGCUUUUUGGACCUUAUGAUUGGGAAAGGUUCGAUCUUUUGGUGUUGCCUCCGAGUUUCCCUUAUGGCGGAAUGGAGAACCCAAGGAUGGUUUUCUUGACGCCAACUGUGAUCAAGGGGGACGCCAGUGGAGCGCAGGUGGUAGCUCAUGAGCUUGCUCACAGUUGGACUGGGAAUUUGAUCACUAACAAAAACAACGAUCACUUUUGGUUGAAUGAGGGUUUUACAACAUAUGCAGAGCGAAGAAUUGUUGAGGCUGUGCAAGGGGAGGAUAUAGCUGCAUUAAAUAUUGGAAUUGGUUGGAGGGGACUAGUUGAGGAGAUGGAGAGAUUCAAGGACAACAUGGAGUUCACAAAGCUCAAGACAAAUCAGGCAGGUGUUGAUCCAGAUGAUGUGUAUUCUCAAGUUCCAUAUGAAAAAGGCUUCCAGUUUUUAUGGCGCAUUGAGAGACAGAUUGGACGACCUGCUUUUGAUGACUUCCUGAAGAAGUAUAUUGCUACAUUCAAGUUUCAAUCUAUUGAUACCGAUAUGUUUCUCAAUUUCCUUAAAGCUAAUAUUCCUGGAAUAGAAAACGAGAUUGAUUUGAAACUUUGGACUGAGGGCACAGGGAUUCCCCCAGAUGCCAUGGAACCAGUUUCUAACAUCUAUUCAAAGAUUGUUUCACUCGCUAAUGCGUUCAACCAAGGUAGGAUGCCAAGAGAAGAUGAAGUUGCUGACUGGAAGGGACAGGAAUGGGAGCUUUACCUCGAGAACCUGCCUAAAUCUGUUGAAGCAUCUCAGGUCACAGCCUUAGAUGCUCGCUACCGUCUCUCAGAAUCAAAAGACUAUGAAGUCCGAGUAGCUUUUCUUCAGCUUGCCAUUUCAGCAAGGUGCAGAGACUACUAUGGUGUGGUGGAGAAAACCCUGAAAGAAGUUGGUAGGAUGAAGUACCUUCGUCCACUCUAUACUACACUCGUACAAGGUGCCGGGAAGGAAGAAGAAAAAGUUUUCGCUAGGAGGGUAUUUACGGAGGCUUGUGAUUGUUAUCACCCUAUAGCUCAAGGUGUUGCUGAGGCUAUCCUUGCAAAGCAUGCCUGAAGGUUCUGUAAAUAUGAAACUUGCUGACGCAACUGGAAACUUGACAUAUACGUCUGUUGCCUUAAUCUGGUUGACUGUGCUGGUGCUUUCUCAGCAUUGUGUGUAAUCUUUUCCUAAAUAGUUGCUGUUAUUGAAUAGGCGCAUUACUAAGUAUCACAGAGGAACCGAGUGAUUUUAUUGUAAGAAGUUCAAAGGGUUGGUUUUAAUGUUUGAUUAGUGUACGUAUUCAAGCGAUGUGUGGAUAAUAUUAAAACAUUAACUGUAAAUCAUUUCGCAUUGAAACGUCUAGUGUUCAAUCAUAUAACUAUCAUAUUUCUCAAUAAAAUGUGAAAAAAAAAAAAUCUAUCCUUCUGCA